AUGUCUACGGAACCUUCACGCGCAUCACAAUCCCCACCAGCGAUGGAUAACACGGAUAUUGAACUGGUGUUCCGAAUGAUUGACCGCAACAACAGUGGCAAAAUCAACUAUCGCGAGUUGCGAAAGUUCUGUAAACAAUAUCAUAGUCAGUGGUCAAAGAAAGAAGUGAAAGCUUUGCUUGCCAAAAUCGAUGUAGACGGAGAUGGAAAAAUUACUUUAAACGAACUAAAGGCUGCCAUUUUCACAGAGGCUUUCUGA